AUGUUCACUGUCUCUCAGACCUCGAGAGCAUGGUUCAUUGAUAGAGCCACCCAGGCACGAGAAGAAAGGCUGGUGCCUGUGGAGAUUCAGGCCCACGUCCAGAGUUUUCUCUGUUGGUGUCGACUGCACAGAGACAUCAGGAGAGAGAUUGAUGAGUUUUUUAAAGCAGAUGACUCUGGGUCCAGUAAAAGAAGUGCACUUUGUAUUUUCAAGAUUGCCAGGAAAUUGCUGUUCUUGUUCAAAAUCAAAGAGGAUAAUGAGAGAUUCGAGAAGUUGUGUUGUUGUAUCCUGAGCAGCAUGGAUGCUGAGAAUGAACCUAAGGUGUGGUAUGUAUCCCUCUCUCUUUCCAAGGAUCUCACUCUCCUGUGGAUUAAACAAAUCAAGGACAUUCUGUGGUACUGCUGUGAGUUUCUUGAGCAGCUCAAGCCUGAAAUCUUGCAAGACUCCAGACUCAUCACACUGUACCUCACGAUGCUUGUCACCUUCACAGACACUUCCACGUGGAAAAUCCUCCGGGGAAAAGGUGAGAACCUUCAAGCAGCCAUGAACCACAUCUGUGCAAAUAUAAUGGGACAUCUCAACCAGCAUGGGUUUUACUCUGUGCUGCAGGUAUUGCUAACCCGAGGCCUGGCCAGACCCCGGCCUUGUCUGUCCCAGGGCACCUUAACAGCGGCCUUUUCUCUGGCACUGCACCCUGUGAUUGCUGCACAAUUUUCAGACAAUCUGAUUCGGCCGUUCCUCAUCCACAUCAUGUCUGUGCCUACACUUGUGACUCAUCUCAGGACGGCGACCCCUGAGCAUCUCACUGUUUUAGAAUCUCACGACAUGCUUCGCAAAUUCAUCAUGUUUUUAAGAGACAGAGACCAAUGCAGGGACAUAUGUGAAAGUUUAGAAGGAUGCCACACUAUGUGCCUGAUGGGCAACCUCCUUCAGCUGGGCUCCCUCAGCCCCAGAGUGCUGGAGGAGGAGACCAACGGCUUUGUGAGCUUGCUUACCCAUAUGCUGUGCUACUGUCAGAAGUAUGUGUCCCAGAAGAAAUCCAACCUGACCCACUGGCACCCUGUCCUCGUCUGGUUCUCCCAGUCUGUGGAUUAUGGCCUCAAUGAGUCCAUGUCCUUGAUCACCAAACAGCUGCAGUUCCUGUGGGGGGUGCCUCUCAUCCGCAUCUUCUUCAGUGACAACUUGAGCAAGAAGUUGUUGGAGCACCAGGACCCGCCCCCCCAGCCGCCAUCCCCGCAGAACGUGCUUCCUGUGAAGAGUCUUCUCAAGCGUGCAUUUCAGAAGUCUGCGUCCAUUCAGAAUAUUCUCAGGCCUGUCGGGGGCAAACGCGUUGACUCUGCAGAGGUUCAGCAGGUCUGCAACAUCUGUGUCCUCUACCAGACCUCGCUGACAACUCUCACCCAGAUCCGCCUGCAGAUUCUCACAGAGAACGCCAAGGGUGAGACCAUGGAGCUCUUCCAGUCUGUCCACGGGUGGCUGAUGGUGCUCUACGAGCGGGACUGCCGCCGGCGCUUUGCCCCUGAGGACCACUGGCUGCGGAAGGAUCUCAAACCUAGUGUGCUCUUCCAAGAACUUGACAAGGACCGAAAAAGGGCACAGUUGAUCCUGCAGUACAUCCCACAUGUCAUUCCUCACAAAAAUGUGAGUCGCACUCAGAGCUGGGCUCCUGGAAUCUCUUCACAUGAAGACGCCAGCACUCCCCAAGCUGGAGUGUUGUAA